CUGUACUGUGUCCGCAGUCUCUGAUCAUCUCCUGUAGUAUGUCUGCAGUCUCUGAUCAUCUCCUGUACUGUGUCCGCAGUCUCUGGUCAUCUCCUGUACUGUGUCCGCAGUCUCUGGUCAUCUCCUGUACUGUGUCCGCAGUCUCUGGUCAUCUCCUGUACUGUGUCCGCAGUUCUCUGGUCAUCUCCUGUACUGUGUCUGCAGUCUCUGGUCAUCUCCUGUACUGUUGCGUCUUAUGUAGCCAAAACGACAGUAAAGACUGUUUACUUUAU